CAGUGUUUGAACUGGUGGCUGUAGAAGUGCUGAGAUGCCUGGUGGUGGCCGUAGCCAGCCGGUGUCUGUGCACCACGCAGUGGUGGAGAGGCCGGCCCCCGGCUCACUGCAGCAGCCGCACCUGACUGAGGACACCCUGAUGAAGAUGCCAGUCACUGCCAUUGGCAUGGAUAAGGGUGACCAGCCUGAGACACCUCACCAGCAUCUUGGACAGCAGCAGCAACAAAUGGCUCUCAUGCCAGCCAAUGAUGCCGUCAGUCUACUGCUGCCGGCUGGCCUCAGCUCCAUUUUCUGUCGGUCUGGCCCGCCGUCCGCACCGCCAGUUCCUCAAUCCCCGUCGGCGCCGCAGACUCUGGAGGGGCGCAGUCUGCAGCCGUAUCCGCGGAACCUGCUUCAGAUCGUCAGUGAUCGCCGCGGCGCCGUCCCCGUUCCCGCUCCGGCCCCCGACCGUUCCCCGGGCAGGACGGUCGCGGCGGAGAUGGGACCGACAUCAGAACCGAACGGCGCGCCGCACUCCGUCAAAGCGGCGAACGGCGACUCCCACUCCGGUGCCGCUCCCGCCUCAGCCCCGGAAUCGGCGACCCCGAAACAGACCAGUCGCGGACAACUGGAGGCCAUCGAGGGGUGUAUCGUCCCGGCUCUGAGCAGUACCCCGCUGAUGUCUACCCUGCCGGCGCCGUCCUCACCGCCGCUGUCUCCUGCGGAAGAGGUGCUACCCCCGGCGGUUCUGCAAGCUCAGCGAGCGGCAGAGACCGGCUGCAGUCCCGAAUCAUUCCUCUCACAGCACACGGCGCCGGCUUCUCACAAUGUCCACGUGAAAACGGUGGCCCACCACCCGAGCGAUUCGGAGGCCCCUCGGGGCGUGCAGGCUGACAGCGGCGCGCGCUCAGACGCUUCCACAGUGACUGCCGAGAGCGGCGCGCCGGACGGCGGAGCUGUGGACGAGGACGACGACCGUCUAUCGGUGGUGUCAGCCGAGUCCAGCUGGUCGGACAUCAGCGGCUUCGAGGAGGACCUGUGGAGACUCCGCAGCGUGCUGCGAGACCCCACCGCGCCGGUGGAGGCCGGAGGUCCGGUCCCGGGUCCGCGCCGACCAGCGCCGGCUGUCUCCGACCGAGCGGUGGCCUCCGAGGAGCAGCAGCAGCUGCAGCUGCAGGUGCACCGGCUGCAGCUGCAGCUGCAGCACGCCAGCCAGGAGCGGCAGCUGUACCGGCAGCAGCUGGAGGCGCUGCAGGGUCAGCUGAGCGGCGGCGGACAGCGGCAGCAGCUCGAGGUGCAGCGGCAGAAGGCGCGCCUCGAGGGUGUGCUGGAGAUGACGCGCGCUGAGCUCGAGGAGGUGGGCGCUGAGCGUGCCGAGCUGCGCCACACCGUCAGCCGCCAGCAGCUGGAGCUGCGCGCCGCCGCCGCCGGCUCGCUGCGCACCGAGCGGGACGCGCUGGCCGCCGAGGCCGGCCUGCUGCGUGUGCGCGCUCGAGAGCUGGACGCGCAGCUGGCGGAGGCGGCUGGGAAGCUGGAGACGCGCGCCAUCGAGCUGGACGCCGCGCGGGACGAGCUGAAGCGCAGCGAGUCGGCGGCGGCUGCUGAGCGGACGGCGCUGGAGUCGGCGCGGCGCGAGCUGGAGAGCCGCGACGCCACGGUGUCGGCGCUGAAGGCCAAGGUGGCUGAACUGGUGGUGGACGCGCAGCGCCAGCUGCAGGCCAAGCUGCGCGCCGAGGGCUCGGUCCAGUCGGCCAACGAGGAGCUCGAGCAGCGACAGCGCUCCCGCGACUGGUACCGCGCCCAGCUGAAGGCCUCGCAGGAGGCGCGGCUGCAGCAGCAGCAGCAGCUGCUGGCCGCCCAGCAGGAGCUGAUCGCGCAGCAGCACGCCGGCGAGCGGCUGCGCGGCGAGCUGACGCUGGCGCGCCAGGCGGCGGCCGGUGCGCAGGCGCGCGCAGUCCGCGAGAAGGAGACUCUGCUGCGGCACCUGGAGAACAUCCAGGCCGACAUGCUGCAGCGCGAGGCCUUCUUCCAGACGGUGUCGGGCAGCCGGGCGGAGCCGGCGCCCGCCGCCGCCACCGCCGCUGUCCGGGAGCGGGAUGAGGCCGUGGGCCGGACGCGCGCCCUGGAGCUGACCAUAGCUGAGCUGGAGCAGCGCCUGGAGCGGGGUGCUGAGGAGUUGUCCACCGCCGCCGCCGCCCACCAACAGCUGGAGGAGGACGGUCAGAAGACCAGGUUCGCGCUGGCCGCCGCGCACGAGAAGCUCUCGCAGCAGACGGUUCAGUGCGAGCAGCUGCAGCAGCGCUGUCUGGAGGGCGGCCAGAUGCUGGACCAGCUGCGCGCGCAGGCCAAGGAGGCCGCCGCCGCCAAACAGGGGCUCAAGGAGGAGAAGACGCGCCUGGAGGUGGCGCUGGCCUCCGCCAACCAGGAGAAACGGGACGUGGACGAGGCAGCACGCGGCCUCACCAACGAGUUGAAAAAGGUCUCAGCUAGUUUCUACAAAUUGAAAAACGACGUCGCCACAAAGGAUAAACAAAUCGCGGAACUGAAGGUAUCCCUCAGCGGCCGAGAGAGCGAACUCCGAACUGCCAACGAUAAACUGCAGGAGACCAGUAAACUGAAACUGCAAACGGAACAGAUGACGGACAAGAUGAACAUCUUUGACACGAUGAACGAGCAGAACAAACAGCUGAUGGUGCAGAACCACGAGCUGCGCUACAAGGUGCAACAGCUGACGCAGGACCGCAGCGUGCUCGAGCAGGGCCGUCAGAAGCUGGAGGAGGUGGUGCGAGGGCUGCAGCAGCAGGCCAAUGAGGCGGCGCAGCAGCACGCGGCCGCCGCCGAGACGGUGAAACAGCGGGACGCCAGGAUCCGAGAGCUGGAGGAACAACAGGAGAAGGCGCAGCACGAGCUGGCCGUGGUCAAGACAUACGCCAAGAGCCUACACCGCGAGCCCGUCCAACAGGAGGAGGAGAAGGGCCCGAUUAAAUCAUCAGAGGUCGUUACUGCUGAGGUCGUGUCUCCACCUGAGGAAAGUCCGACUCUGGGGACGCCUGAUCAGAGCGGUGAGCAGCAGCAGUCGGCGGAGUCUGCCGAGCUCGAGUCGCUGCGCCGCCAGCUCAGUCUGCUCGCCCUGGAGAACCGGGAGCUGGAGCGGCGGCUGCAGGAGGCCGAGGCUGCUCCGCGGCUGCGACAGGAGCACGCGGCGCUGGCGGCGCGCGUGGCCGACCUCAGCGACCAGCUGCAGCGCGCCCGAGCCGCCGACUCUGCGCAGUGCCGCCAGCUGCAGGAGCAGCUGCAGCUCAGCCAGACGCGGAACCGGCAGCUGCAGCAGCAGCUGGCCGCUGCCGGUCGGCCGGAGGGCGUGCCCGCGCCGCCCACCUCCCCUCCGGCGGCCGGCGGGGGCGCGCUGGCCGACCAACUGGCCGCCGCGCAGGCCGCCUACAAGGAGCGCCAUCGCUGCUACCAGUCCAACAUCCGCGUGCUCACCCGCAAACUGCGCGAGUACAUGCGCGCGCUGAAGACGGCCGAGCGGGAGCUGGCGGAGCGCCGCGCUGCCGCUGCGCCGGUGCCGGCUGAGGCGGGUCUGGCGGCUGUGGAGCGGGAGGAGGCGGCCGCGCAGCUGCGGAGGGAACUGGAGACGGCGCGCCGAGAGACGCAGCGGGCCGAGCAGGAGGCGGAGCAGCUGCGCGGAGCGGCGGCCGACGCCCAGCUGCUGCAGCUGGAACUGGAAAAGGAGCGCGGCAGACUCGAGGGCAUGGCGCAGUCGUACACGGCGCUGCAGGCGCGCGCCGCGGAGCUGGAGGCGCUGCUGGCCGGAGCUGAGGAGCAGCGUCAGACGGAGCGCCAGCAGACACCGCAGCAGCAGCAGCACCGUCUGCAGGAGCAGCUGGAGCUGGCCGAGCAGCGGCUGCAGCAGGAGCAGCUCGACUGCAGGGAGCUGCGCAGACAGUUAUUCGCUGAGCGCCGGGAGGUUUCCGGUCUCCGCCGGGACCUGGUCAGUCUCCAGGCCGGCCUGCAGACCGCUGAGGACCUGGCUGCCAGUCGUCAGACCCAGAUCACUGAGCGGCAGGCGGCUCUGGAGGCCGCUCAGCGGGACCUGGCCGCCGCCGCCGGCCAGCUGACGGAGCUGAAGGCGGCCUGUGAUAGCAGUCAGCGGCAGACGGCCGAGCUGCGGCGGCAGGCGGAGCAGAGCGCGGCCAACGACCCCGUGCUGGCCCAGCAGAUCAAGACGCUGAGCGGCCACCUGCGGCAGAAGGGCGCCGAGCUGACCGGUCUCCGGGAGCAGGCGGCGCUGGUCGAGCAGCGCCACGAGACGGAGCUGCAGGGACUGCGCAGCUCCCUGCAGGCGGCCGGAGACGAGCUGCGCCAGCUCAGCGCAGCUCUGGACGCCACGCGCGAGGACAAGUUCGCGCUGCAGGCGCAGGUCACCGAGCUGAGGGCCGCCCUGCAGACCAGCAGCACACAGGUCAAGGCCCUGAGCGGCGAGAUAGUCGAGCUGCAGCGCUCGGCCCGGCUGCCCCAGCUGCCGGCUCCCUCACCAGUGGAUGAGGAGCACAUCGGUCGGCUGCUGGCUCAGAGCGCGGGCAGUGCCGAGCCCCGGCCGCUGCACCAUCUGGAGGCGUGCCUGAGGUCUCUCAAACAGGAGAUGACGGCCCUGCAGAGUCAGAUCGGCCGCGGGGACAGCAGGAGCGCAGGGAUGGCUCACGCGACUUCAAUGGUCGACAACUAUCCGUCAGUGAAUGCUACCAGUCCGACACAGCACACCCAGGCGAGCACUAACGGAAACGUAUCACCGGAGCACAGCAUGGAGCACACUGUGCCGUCAUCUGGACACUCAAUACCAACACCAGGACACUCGGUGGUAUCAUCGGCAACAGCGUCACCGGGACACUCAGUGACGUCACCAACACACUCAGUGACGUCACCAGAAUACUCAGUGACGUCAUCUGAGCAAAAUUCAGCGUCACCGGAGCACAGCGUAUCCCCACCAGUUCACCCGAUGGCAUCACUGGAGCACACAGUAACACCGCCAGAGUAUUUCAUAUCUUCAUCGGAACACAGCGUACCUCCGGUGACGGAAGCCUCGUCACCGAAUAUCACUCCAGCAUCGCUUCCAGCUUCGUCGCCGUCAGCACCUUCGUCUCCGGAGCGAACUAUCCCCAGCUCGGUCGGCGUUUCCAACGGCGGCUGGCGUCCGGUCGCCGACGGAGAGGCCGCCGCCGCCGCCGCCGCCGCCGUGGACCGAUUCCUGGAGACGACCAAACUGCCGGAGCCGCGGGACGGCGCGGGAGGAGGCGCCCCGAACGGGCCGCUAACUGAGGACAGUCUGAGACUGAGGUCCUACUUCACAGAGGCGGGUGGCGAGCGGCCUCCGGUCGCGGCUGCGGCCCUCCCGACACGAUCCGAGAAGGAGACGGAUGUAUGAGAGUGCCCGGUGGUAGAUAAAAGGUCAGAGGAGCUCGGGACCCCAGGUCGUGACGCCGUUCGGCUAGCAGAAGGGUUAGAGGAUCGUGUGGGUCCAUGUUGGUUCCGUGAUCUAGCUGACAGGGUCUUGAGCCUCGCUCAGAGUACAGGGUGUCUCACAAAAAGUGUACAUACUUGUUUUGUAAAUAGCUCCGUAAGUUAAAAACAUACGUAAAAAACACAAAUAUCGCUGGAAAGCACAAAGCUUGCAAAUUUAUUCGCAUAUCAUUUGCACGUCUUUAUAUUCACAUACCGAAUCAGUUUCCCAUACUCUAGCUAUGCGCUCAUUUUUUUAGAUGCUCAAAAUGACAGCCUUUGCGCUCAGCGCACGUGGUGGCGCGCCUCAUGGUCUCCUGAGUUACACGGGCGCAUGUCUCCAUGGUUAUACCGCGUAUGGCUCCUCUGAUGGCCUUUUUGAGCUCGUCUAGCGUGUGCGGCGCCUUCACGUACACGACAUCCUUCAGAUACCCCAAUAGAUAGAAAUCCAUGGGGGUGAGGUCGGGUGAGUGGGGUGGCCAGCUGUGGGGGGCCCGCCUGGAGAUCAGCCGGCUUCCCAGGCGCUCGGUCAGCCAGGCCAGCGUGGCUCUUGACGUGUGCGCUGGAGCGCCGUCCUGCUGGAACCAUUGCAGGCAAAUGGUGUCCGCGCACUUGCUGUUGAGAGACCGCCAAAAGCGCUUCAACACUGCCAGAUAACGGUCUGAAGUCACCGUCACUGGUUCUCCGUCACCGUCUUCAAAGAAGAUCGGUCCGAUUAUGCCCUGGGCGCUAAGCGCGCACCAGACCGUCACUUUUGGAGAAUGUAAUGGGACUUCCAAAGUCUUCUCUGGCGGGUGUUUGCCCCAGUGCCUGUGGUUUCGACGAUUAGGUAAGCCGUGAAGGUAAAAGUGUGCCUCGUCGGACCACCAAAUGUUGCCGAUGAAACUAGGGCAAGACGAGCACUUUCCUAAAAACCAACGGCAAAACUCCAACCGUUGUAGGCAAUCAGACUUGGAAAGCUCUUGAGAUGUUGAUAACCUGUAUGCCUUAAGCUUCAGGUCCUUCCUAAGAAUCCGAUGCGUGGAACAGCGGCUGAGUCCAACUUGUUGCGCAAGGUGCCGCACGGACACUCCAGGCUUUUCCUCAACUCGCCGAAUGAUUUGUCCGAUUUUCAAAGGUGUUCGGGCAGUUAUCUUGCGGCCGCUGUUUCCAGUGUUUUGAUUUCCGACUGUUCCGUGAGCCAAGAAAUGUUCAGUAAGCCGUUUUAUUGUGUUUGCCGGCGGUUUCUCUCUUAUUGUAGGGAAAUGAGCCCUAAAUUUCCUCUGAGUCAAUACCAGGGAACCGGUUUGAAGGUAAAAUUUCACGAUUAUUUUCCUUUCCUCUUCACUUAACUGUCUCAUGACUCUACCGACUCUCACUAACAAAUUGUAUGUCAAAUAAAUUUGCACGAGCUAAGCUUCAAUUUAAGCCUGAAUUUGACGUGAGCGCGUGCUUAUAUGCUGAAAUAUCUUCAUUUUAAAUGUGUACACUUUUUGUGAGACACCCUGUAUGUAGCAGCGGGCUGCUGUAUUUAACGCCAGUUUAGCGCACAGUUGGGCUCUCAGACGCCUGUAUGUGCUGAUGUAGCUCAGCGGGGUGCUGAAGUAUUAUUCCGCUGAUUCGAUGCUUUUCUCAGCCGCCGGUGCGUCCGGGCUUUAUUUCCAGCUUUACUAGGAUGGUUGUGGGUCAACGAAUUCGCGGCUGAUAUCGAAGUAUUUAGCCUUAUAUGCAAGUGCAUUGUGUGUAGGCACUGUUCCAGCAGGCUGCUGAUUGCUGGAUCGCUAGUUUGUGUGUGUGUGCGGGCCGCGGGGUCCAGUGAUUAUCCAGGGGCCCGUGCCGUCUCGGCCGUUUGGUGCGGGCGGCGCGGACGGCCCUGGGUGACCCGUGACCUGACCUGGGGUCAGCGCGUGCUGUGUGGGGCCGGUGGUGGGGGCGCUUUAUUACGGUGGCUGGCCCGUCGCUUCGUCUCAGGUGGAUAUUUAUGGCUUUGGAGUCGGGAGUGUGCCUUGCGCUAUUUUAGUGAUCCGCUUGUGAUUUGAUCAGAUCGCCUUAUUUUUAAAAAGCUUAUUUUAUAAAUAAGAUUAGUGUGUUAUCUGAGUUGUUUUAUUUAUUCCACAUGCUAUAUUAUAUAUUAUCACUUGUUAAAUUAGUGCAAGUCAAUCGGACUUCCAUUAUUCCUUUGGUGAUAGAGCGUGGCUUCCGCGAUCAUAUGCACAAUGGGACCCGGCGAUGAGGCUGGCGGGUUUGCGGUGUUAGAUUCAGCAUAAUCUGGCGGCUCUGAGGGCCGGCUUUUUUGCAUUGUGCAAUGGCAGCGCUGAGUUGUUACGCCGUUAGCUGAGGUUGUUUUACUGCUGUGGCAAAUAUAUGCAUAUAGUUUGAGCUCUGAA